AUGGCGGCAGAGAGUACCGAUCGGUUUGUUGCUUGCGUGAGGCAGGGCGUUGAGGCGGUGAAAAACCAAAACAGAGCGCCGGCCAAUCUUCUGGACAGGAUCGAGGCGUGCUCUCGGUAUCCUGGAAGCAAAAUAGCCCAGCUCUUAGCAAGAUCUCUAGGAGCUUGGUUUCUAGUGGUGGCAGCGAUCGAGGAUGAAGCUGCUAUAUCGGAUUUGACCAAGGAAUUUAGCCGCUCAGACAUCAACACGGUAGCUGAGAGGCUCGAUGACCUCCUUGGCUCAGACAAGUCCUUGGUACAUUACUUCCACCACACGUUUCACACAUCACAGCGGGCCAAAGAACGACAAAGUUACUCUCUUCGAUUCUCUAAGCGUCCCCGUCCCCAAGAGUUUGACUUGGAUGAUUUUGACCCCCCCAGCCGCGUUCGUCGGCUUGACUCCGAAAGCUCAAAUAUGACUGCAAAUACAGCUACUGGGACCUGUGGGGAAACAUUGCAGCCUCACUUUGCUUGCACUGGCAAGGCAGGCGAGGCGCAUGGAGAAAUACAGCCUAUAAAUAAUCUUCAUCGAAACAAUCGCUGGCUCAAGGCUUCAGUGCUUCCAACAGUGUUUCCGCAACGUAUGUGUGAUGGAGUCCUCAAGGAUACUAUUUUCGCCUGCAUCAAUGUUUCAUACACGAAGGACGCCAACCAGUGUUCCUUGGAUAUUGAUGUGACCAGCGGUAUGGCAUCAACUCUAGCCAAGGAAUUAUUUGAUAAGUUUAUUCGUUACGACACGGAGAAUGCUCAAUGGGUUAUGGAGCUGUCAGAUGGCACAGAUGUUUUCAUUAAGGAGGGGCAGGUCGAUAUAACACGUGCUCGCGAGCCCGCUAUACAGAGACUUUUGGGAACACUGGUCUCUACGACUUUCCAAAAUAAUCCACAACGCCAUGAAGAGUUGGCGAAG